UGAUAGGUUAAUACCUCGAAGCUCGGUCUAUACCUAAGAAACAUCAUGGAUGUCAUGACAGAGUGGUGUCGAAUCAUAUUGCUACGCCAAAUGGUGUUAGUCAAGCCACCGCAACGUUGAAAUAACGGACAAAGAAGAACCUAGUCCAACCUCGGAAGACCGUAUGUAAUGAACUCUGUUCUGACAAAACAUGCUACGACGUGGUCGGGUCUCAACCGAGAGAUCAUUACCUACUUUGCUUUAGGUUUCUGUAGAGAAUACCGGGGCCAUUGGGCAAUAGAAUGACAAUACGGACUUACCGGGGUUAUAGAGAGGGUAUAUAUUAAGUCUUGACGACUCUAUGACUUAGACACAAACCAUCACAAUGCCUUCACAACUCCCAGACUCAAAAUGAACAGACUCGCCCGGUUUCUAGGCCUCGGUGCCAUUCUAUGGCAGCUAAGCUCCGCAACCCAGGCGACCUUCACAUCCCAAUUAACAACACAAGUAACACCACCGAGCCAAGACCCGUGGUACUCAGCGCCGCCCGGCUUCGAGAAGCACCCGCCCAGCACCAUCCUCAAAGUCCGCGAAGCCCCAGGCAACCUCACCACCACCAUCGGCAACGUCUCCCGCGCACUGAACAUCCUCUACACCACCACCGACUCCCGCUACCAGCCCUCCUGGGCUGUGACCACGGUCCUCGUCCCCAACUCGUUCUACACCUCCCCUUCCGGCAAGGCCGCCCUGCUGAGCUACCACUUCGCCUACGACUCGGCCUCCAUCGACUCUGGUCCCUCCUACGGCCUCUACUACGAGAUCGCGCAGCCCAACCCCAGCCUUGGCAUCCCCGCCGGCACUGACCUGCUCACCAUCUUCCUCAGCGAGGGGUGGAUAGUCAACGUGCCGGACUACGAAGGCCCGACCGCCGCGUUCGGGGCUAGCGUGCAGGCCGGGCAUGCGACGAUCGACUCGCUGCGCGCGGUUCUCGGCACGGCGCCCAUACCCGAGGCGAAAAGGGUCAACGUCGCGCUGUGGGGGUACAGCGGCGGCAGCAUCGCGACGGAGGCCGCUGCGGAGCUGCAGGUGCAGUACGCGCCCGAGCUCACCAUCAGCGGCGCCGCGAUUGGCGGGGUUGUCGUCGACUUCGCCGCGAAUUUCUAUCUCCUCAGCGGAACCCCGCUUGCCGGUGAUCUGGUGGCCGGGCUGCUGGGUGUGACGGCGCAGUAUCCCGAGGCGCGCGCGUAUCUACAGAGCCGCCUACACGCCGAGAACGGGACCGAGUUCUUAAGUAACGAGAAUAUGACGACGACGGAGUCGCUGACGUUCUUCGCGAACAAAGACAUUUAUAGCUACUUCGUGGGCGGGGCGGCGGAUCUCCAGGCGCCGGUUUUGCGGAAGGUGUAUAACGUCGAGAUGAAGCUCGGGUACCACGGAGUGCCGGCCAUGCCGCUGUUUGUGUACAAGGCUAUCGGGGACGAGAUAUGUCCUGUGGCUGAGACGGAUGCGCUCGUGGAUAAGUAUUGUGACGUGGGGGCUGACAUCACGUACGAGAGGAACACGGUGGGCGGGCACGUAACGGAGAUUGUUAAUGGACAGGAUCGGGCUAUAAAUUGGCUUAGGGGCAUUUUCAAUGAAUCUUACGUACCGAACGCCUCGGGGUGUGCGAUUCGGGAUGUGACAGUCAAUGCUACGAACCCGGCUUAGUUCCUGGCCCGUCUUUGUUCUUUCGAUAUCUCAUAUCGGCUAGGAACUUAGAUGGUUGAGAAAGCGCGGGUUAAUAGGAUAUCACUUCAUCUAUAGGUACCUAUUCAGCGUUAUAAUACCUACCUACCUAAGCAAGCCCCUUUUCAACAUACCUAGUAUGUAGGUACAUAACGUUGUGAAAGCAUCAACCUAGGGUUAUCAUAGGUACACUGGCCAAGAGUGAAG